GCAGCCUCAGCUCCUUCCCCGCCCUUUCUCUUCCCGGUUUCCCCGUCAGUCUGCGGGUCCGUCCUGACGGCUGUUUCCGGUCGGAGCUCAGUGCUGGGCGAGUCGGUCUCAGCUCCCAUCAUGUCUUACGGUCCCUUAGACUUGUACCGUAACCCGGGGCCCACCGGGCCCCAGCUCCGGGACUUCAACAGCAUCAUCCAGACAUGCAGCGGCAACAUCCAGCGGAUCAGCCAAGCCACUACACAGAUAAAGAAUUUGAUGGGCCAACUAGGAACUAAGCAGGACUCAAGCAAACUACAGGAAAAUCUGCAACAGUUACAACACUCUACAAAUCAGCUUGCUAAGGAAACAAAUGAAUUACUGAAGGAAUUAGGAUCCUUGCCUCUCCCUUUAUCUACUUCUGAACAGCGCCAGCAGAAACUUCAGAAGGAACGCCUCAUGAAUGACUUCUCUACAGCCUUAAACAGUUUCCAGGCUGUGCAGAGAAGGGUGUCUGAGAAGGAGAAGGAGAGUAUUGCCAGAGCAAGAGCUGGAUCUCGUCUUUCUGCGGAGGAGAGGCAAAGAGAGGAGCAGCUCGUCUCAUUUGACAGCCAUGAGGAGUGGAACCAGAUGCAGAGCCAAGAGGAAGAGGUGGCCAUCACUGAGCAGGAUCUGGAGCUCAUUAAAGAGAGGGAAACGGCAAUCCGGCAGCUGGAGGCUGACAUUUUGGAUGUGAAUCAGAUAUUUAAAGAUUUGGCCAUGAUGAUCCACGACCAGGGGGAUUUGAUUGAUAGCAUAGAAGCCAAUGUGGAAAGCUCGGAGGUGCAUGUAGAAAGAGCCACUGAUCAGUUACAGCGAGCUGCUUACUACCAGAAAAAAUCUCGCAAGAAGAUCUGUAUCCUGGUGCUUGUCCUGACAGUGACUGUUGCAAUCCUGGCAUUUAUUUUGUGGAUAGUUUACAAAUGAAGCAUUGCCUGAAUCUUCUCCCGCUCAGCUGUUUGCAAGGGCAGGUGCUUGUUGGAGACUUGCCAGAACAAACUGAUCAUAAGAAGAGAGCAUAUACCACAAUGUCCUGUAAUAAUUUCGUUAGAAACUAACUACUAACUAGUCCUUGGAAUUAGUGACCUAUGAAGACAGUAUUUAUCAAUUUAUGUAUACAUUUUAUUGAUUUCUCAAAUUAAGAAUUAAUUUAUGUGGACUUUGCUUUCUCUAGUAUUCUGAUUGCCCUUCAUCCCAAGUGUUUACUGAAAAUUCCAUUUAGAUAUUCUUGUUUCGACAGGUAACACUACAGUCUUGUAAUAUUGUCUUUUUAUGUGUAUAAAGAUUUACCUUUUUAUUAGCCACUGAAAUAGAAUUACUUUCUGGCAUCCAGCAUUGUGGAGCCUGUCAGAAAUUGUGUAAGAAUCUGCAAUUUUUAUUAUUUGACAUUUUAAUUUGAAUUUCUAAGAAGGCUGUUCUUCAUCUGUUUUGAAAUUUUUUUUUGCAGUGUGGUUAAUUGGAGAGUAAAAAAUUGCACAUUGAUCCAGAUGAAAAGAGAAGCAUCUAUUUGCGAUGGCCAGUUGGGGCACUUGUUAAUUUGGGUUUGAAGUUCUCUUCCUUAUCUGCUGGUGUCCUCCGUGGCAGAUAUCCGCAGAUAUCCAUAUGCACACUAAUCCAUCUUGUCACUUUUUGCAAAGGUUAAUUUAAUUACCAUUACUAUACUCUAAGGAGUCGCUCUCCCACCUGUCUGUAUAGAAAGGGAGAAUCAGACAAAGCAUGCUUUUGGAAAGCAAAUAGGGAUCGUUUGGAAUGAUUCAAUAUUUUUGUUGUUGUUCAUUCGUGGUUCUACAUUCCUGGUGAAUGGUAAAUGUUGCUGUACAAGACUGCCCCCGUGCUCUAAGGGUUACUGGGCAUUUGAUGGCAGGAGGAUUUUAAAAGCUAGACUGAAGUUAGUGUAAAAUUUAGUCCUGUGAACCUGGUGUUAAAACAAAGAACAGGUUCGUAUUUGUAAAUAAUACUGGUUUGGAAUAGUGAGUGAUGUUAGAUUUAGCCUAAUUUAUGAACAAGAGAUUCUUCUCCCUGCCUAGUUUUAGACAAAAAAUGUUUCAAUAAAAGAUUGCUGUCUUGUAAUAUCAAUGUUGUCCUCUUCCCGUUUUCACAGGUUAAAGGAAAUGUGAAUACUUUAGGCUGUCACGUACAUUUGAAUUGGGCCAACAAUUUCAGUUCAUCUUAGUAAAUUAGAGGAGUUGACUAUUUGGGACAUAUUUUUAUGUACUACUUCUAAUCUCUUUAAUGUUACCUACUAAUCUUUUACUAAACUAAAACGAACAGUAAAGAAACUAGGACCCAAAUGUGUAAGUUUCACUCUAGCACUUCUUCCCACUUGAUACAAAUAAACAUUUCAAAGCCUUCUGUAGUCAGUUUAUAUGCAUUAACACCCACUGUGGUGGAUAUUAGGUACUGAGAAUGUGCUGUCCUGAGAGAAAGCGAAACCUGCAAGAAGACUGGCAAUCAGGUGAGGACUGGUUUGGGGUGGGCUAGGUGUGGCCUGUCCUUGAAAAACAGGAUGGAGCUAUUGGGGAUCAUCGGGCCCAAGGAGGCAGUUUGGAUUUAUGGUCACUGUUCUUUCAACCUCAAAUGAUCCUGGCCUUGGAUACAUUAUCUGUAACAUUCCAGAGAACAGAAAGCCUUGACUGUGAAACCGCUAUAUCAGUUUGGGAAAACAAAGCCACAGUGGCUCCGUUUUAAUACCAUAGUAGUGGUAACAGGGCUCAUGGGUAGCAAACCUGAAAUUGAAUGGCCUGGAAUUUGUAGUAGCUUGACAGGUUCUGCUAGAUACUUCUAAUAAAUCUGUUUAUGGAA